AUGAAGAUUUUGGUCACAAGAACAGUAAAGGUUCCAGAAAACUGCACUGUAAGCCAAGAAGGAAAGGUCUUUACGUUUGAGGGGCCGAAGGGAAGCAUAGUAGAGGAUUGCACUCGCCAUCCUCUAACAUUUGAUAUUUAUGAAGGAAACAUUCGGAUUAGGCUUUGGAAUGGAAAGAGGAAGGCAGCAGCUCUUGCAAUAACUGUAGAAUCCUUACUGAGGAAUGCUAUCAAGGCUGUCACCGUUGGGUUUGCAUAUACACUGAAGGCUGCAUACAACCAUUUCUCCAUUAAUAUGGAGGUGAAGGAUGGAGGGAAGAUUCUCCUUGUGAAGAACUUUCUUGGAGAGAAGAGUGUCAAGAUAUUCAAAAUGCGUGGCGUUGCAAGGGUUAGACUUGAUGAGAGAAAAGACACAAUAGUUAUUGAAGGGCCAUCCCUUCCUGAUGUCUCUCAAAGUGCAGGGACAAUUUCUAAUGAAUGCAAGGCAAAGAAUCGUGAUAGUAGGGUAUUUCUUGAUGGGAUAUUUGUCAUUGAGAGAGGCAUUAUGGCUUGA